CCGCCCCCCCUCCCCCCGAACCUUGCGAGUCAUCCCGGCCUCCCCCCCCGCGCGCUCCCCCGCCCCGGGCGGCCGUCGGGUGCCGCUUGCCAUCGCGCUGGGAGAUAUUUUCGGGUGGCAGGAGCCGCCUCGUCAUUUCCGCCAGGAGGAGAAAAAGACACCGGCGCGGGCAGAGCCGCAGAGCCGCAGCCCCCCGCUCGCCGGGGAGCGACCCCUCGGCGGGGCCGGGCCGUGUCGAGCUGGGCCGGGAGCUGCCGCCGCCGCCGCCCGCGGGUCCACGGGGGCGGGAGGCGUCGGAGCGUGCUGCUGCUGCUGCCGCCUCCUCCCCUUCCUCCUCCUCCUCCUCCUCCUCCUCCUCCUCCCCCUGCCGCCGAGCCGGCAACAUGAACUGAAAUCCCCAGAGAGGCACAGAGGCGGCGAGCGAGCGGAGCGGAGCGGAGGCAAGCGGGGAUUUAGCGGCUUUCUUCAUCCUCCUCCUCAUCAUCAUCCUUCUCCUCCGGGGGCAGCCCCGGCUCUGGGCAGCGCGGUCCCGGAGCCCCGCACAACCUCGCCCCUCGCCCGGAGAGCGGCGGCCGCCCGAGCCCCGCGCCGCCGAAGCCCCCCAUGGCCCUCAUUAUGGAGCCCGUCAGCAAGUGGUCGCCGAGCCAGGUCGUCGACUGGAUGAAAGGUCUUGAUGACUGCCUGCAGCAAUAUAUUAAGAACUUUGAGAGAGAGAAGAUUAGUGGUGACCAACUACUACGUAUUACACAUCAAGAACUGGAAGAUCUUGGAGUCACGCGAAUUGGCCACCAGGAGCUUAUCUUGGAAGCAGUAGACUUGCUCUGCGCACUGAACUAUGGUUUGGAAACAGAAAAUCUGAAAACCCUUUCUCACAAACUGAAUGCAUCUGCCAAAAAUCUGCAGAACUUCAUCACUGGGAGGAGGAGAAGUGGUCACUAUGAUGGAAGAACCAGCCGCAAAUUACCAAAUGAUUUUCUGACAUCAGUAGUGGAUCUCAUUGGAGCAGCUAAGAGUCUGCUGGCUUGGUUGGACAGAUCACCUUUUGCUGCUGUGACAGAUUACUCAGUAACAAGAAAUAAUGUCAUACAGCUCUGUCUGGAACUAACGACAAUCGUACAACAGGAUUGCACAGUAUAUGAAACCGAGAAUAAAAUUCUUCAUGUGUGUAAAACACUCUCUGGCGUCUGUGAUCACAUUAUUUCACUCUCUUCUGAUCCACUGGUUUCCCAGUCGGCUCACCUUGAAGUGAUCCAGCUUACAAACAUCAAGCCAAGUGAAGGGCUGGGUAUGUACAUUAAAUCAACAUAUGAUGGUCUCCAUGUAAUUACUGGAACAACAGAAAAUUCACCUGCAGAUCGGUGCAAGAAAAUCCAUGCUGGGGAUGAAGUGAUUCAAGUUAACCACCAAACUGUGGUGGGGUGGCAGUUGAAAAAUUUGGUGAAUGCACUACGAGAGGAUCCGAGUGGUGUUAUCUUAACUUUGAAAAAGCGACCUCAGAGCAUGCUUACCUCAGCACCAGCUUUACUGAAAAAUAUGAGAUGGAAGCCCCUUGCUCUGCAGCCUCUUAUUCCCAGAAGUCCUACAAGCAGUGUUGCUACACCAUCCAGCACUAUCAGCACACCUACAAAAAGAGACAGCUCUGCCCUCCAGGAUCUCUACAUACCCCCUCCUCCAUCAGAACCAUAUGUUCCCAGGGACGAAAAGGGAAAUCUCCCAUGUGAUGAUGUUGGCAGACAUAUAGUAGGCAAACCAGUUCAUACAGGAUCCGAGUCUCCAAACUCAUUCCUUGACCAGGAAUAUCGAAAGCGCUUUAAUGUGGUUGAAGAAGAUGCAGUUUUAUACUGCUAUGAGUAUGACAAAGGAAGAACAAGUGGUCCUGGAAGGAGAGAGAGCACACCAACAUACGGGAAACUAAGGCCUAUUUCUAUGCCAGUAGAAUAUAACUGGGUGGGGGAUUAUGAAGACCCUAAUAAAAUAAAAAGAGAUAGUAGGAGAGAAAAUUCAUUGCUUCGCUAUAUGAGCAAUGAGAAAAUAGGCCAAGAAGACUACAUGUUUCAAAGGAAUAGCAAAAAGGAUACUGGGAAAAAAUCGAAAAAGAAGGGAGACAAGGGUAAUAGUCCAAGUCAUUACUCAUUGUUGCCUAGUUUACAAAUGGACUCGUUAAGACAAGAUGUCAUGGGCACACCUGGACCAGAGACCACUUUAUACCACACAUUUCAGCAGUCUUCUCUACAGCAGAAAAGUAAAAAGAAGAACAAAGCUCCUAUUCCUGGUAAAAGCAAAAGACGGAUCUCUUGUAAAGAUCUUGGCCGAGGAGACUGUGAAGGCUGGCUUUGGAAGAAGAAAGAUGCCAAGAGUUAUUUCUCCCAGAAAUGGAAAAAAUAUUGGUUCGUCCUGAAAGAUACAUCUCUCUAUUGGUAUAUCAAUGAAGAGGAUGAAAAAGCAGAAGGAUUCAUCAGUCUACCUGAAUUUAAAAUUGACAGAGCUAGUGAAUGCCGAAAGAAAUAUGCAUUCAAAGCCUGCCAUCCUAAGAUCAAAAGCUUUUAUUUUGCUGCUGAACAUCUAGAUGAUAUGAACAGAUGGCUAAACAGAAUUAACAUGCUUGCUGCUGGCUAUGCAGAAAGGGAGAGGAUCAAACAAGAGCAAGAUUACUGGAGUGAGAGUGAUAAGGAGGAAGCUGACACUCCAUCGACACCCAAACAAGACAGCCCCCCACCCCCGUACGACACAUACCCACGGCCUCCUUCGAUGAGCUGCGCAAGCCCUUAUGUGGAACCCAAGCACAGCCGGCUGUCCUCCACAGAGACCUCCCAGUCGCAGUCGUCGCACGAGGAGUUCCGCCCGGAGGCGGCGGGGAGCGCCACCGACUCGCCGGUGCGCAAGACGGCGAGCCAGCGGCGCUCCUGGCAGGACCUCAUAGAGACGCCGCUGACGAGCUCGGGACUCCACUACCUGCAGACGCUGCCACUGGAGGACUCGGUGUUCUCCGAGGCGGCCGUGGUCUCCCCCGAGCACCGGCGGCAGUCCACCUUGCCCACCCAGAAGUGCCACCUGCAAGACCACUAUGGCCCCUUCCCGCUCGUGGAGGGUGAGAGGAUGCAAGUGCUGAAUGGCAACGGGGGGAAGCCCCGAAGUUUCACGCUGCCUCGGGAUAGUGGCUUCAACCACUGCUGCCAGAGCCUUUCAGUCGGUUCCGCUGAUCACCACGAAGAAGCGCAGCAGAAGGAGGUGGAGGAGGAGGAGGAAGAGGAAGAAGAGGGCAAAGCAGCAGAAGAAAACCAGGAAGAUAAAAUUGAAACUACAGAAGAAAAAGCAGCAGACUCCUUGCAGGAUUUGUACAGAGCCUUGGAGCAGGCCAGCCUGUCUCCUUUAGGAGACCGCCGGAUUUCCACUAAGUUGGAGUAUAAGAAAUCUUUUAUAAAGAGAUGUAGCGAUCCAGUAGUCAAUGAAAAACUACACCAGCUGCGAAUUCUGAAAAGCACUUUAAAGGCCAGGGAAGGAGAAGUAGCCAUUAUCGACAAAGUUCUGGAUAAUCCAGACCUGACGUCUAGAGACUUUCAAGAAUGGAAGCAAAUGUACCUCGAUAUCUUCUGGGACAUCUGUCACAGCAGCACCCCGCGGGACUCUGUUAACGGCUCGUCCGAGGUCGAUGCACUUCUAGCCUCCUUAGCGCACACGCACUCCUACAUUGAAACGCAUGUAUAAGGGGCCCUCUUUUAGUCCACUUGCUGCACUCCAGGCCUUUAAUUAAGUGCAUAAAGUAGUUUUUAUAUCAAUAUGUGGGAGCUCUAAUAAAUUAUAUUUUAAUGUUACUCAGCUGUGUGAAGUAAACCUUCAAUGGUCAACGAUACCAUGUCUUUAAUGAGGAUUUGUACAUUUUAUACGCUACCAACGCUCCGCUUGUGUUUACCUUCUGUGAAAUAAAGAACGUGAUCUUUACCUAUUAAAGAAAAGUAUUUAAAAGCAUUUUUGGAAGACUGUGUUCUUCGCAGAGGAAGUUCUACAAGCUAAAGGUUUUGUUAUCGAAGGUCGCUUUUACAAUGAUAUUUUAUAUUAUAUAAUUCCAGUAAUGCAUUGCAUUUUUGGAGUUCAGGUACUAUUUUGGUGAUGGGAGAAUUAAAAAAAAAAAAAAAAAAAAAAUCUAUUUAAUGAGAAACUCUAGGAGUUUUCUUACAUGACAGGGAAAAAAUGUAAUGCAGUGGUUUUGUUUCAGUUUUGUCAAACACAUAAAAAGGUGAAAAUCAGCAGACAAAAUGACUAAUAUAAAUUUAAGUCUCAAACAGUUAGGUCUUAUUUUUGUGCUUUUUAAAAGCCUGUUGCUAAGGUUUACCAUCAGUGCAAAGAGAUGCUGGUUUAUAUUCUAAUUAAGACCAAAUUAUGUGUUACUUCUUUCUUAAUCACAUCUGGUUGUGGGUUUUUGUUGCUGUUUGUUUUUUGUUUGUUUCUUUGUUUUAAUUAGUCAUGGUACUGUCAUUUAUGCUGCUUUUGUACUGAAGGUAAUAGUAUAAUGUGCAGAUUUUGCAAAAGAGAAAAGAUAGACUUUGAACAUCCUUGGUAACAGCGCUUCUCUUGCCCAGAAAAGCAGCAGUGGAAAAGGUUCCCAAAGAACUGCUCUGAACCUGAGAGGCUUUGAAAAUUCCUACAAUAGAAAAGCAAUGAAUACAAUUUUUCAAGUACUCUCCUAUGUGUUUUCCGAGCUGUGAGAUUUGGCCAUAUUGUACUUGGGGAAAAUGUGUGAUGGGAACAGAUAUGAGCACAAAACCUGAAAAAUGACUGAGAACUCAAAAAGCCUCUGUUCUGUCUUUGAAUGGGAAGGGAUGUCUCUGGGUUCUGCUGAGUUUGCAAGCUAGUUGAAGUGUUUUAAACUUCCAGGAGAGUUGAGAUGUGCUGGAGACAACCCAGUGACUGUGGGCAGAAAUAUCUCCUUAGAGCUAGGCACCUGCCUGCAAUAGGAAAGUGGGAGGUAAAUCUUAAAUCAUCUAUUUACUCUUCAUGGGCUUGUUUUCAAAAGUGAUCAGAGCAUGACAAAACAUUUGUGCCGCUUUUCAGUGUUUUUCUGCACAAGUUAAGACACAUGAUAUGGCUUAAUAAUGCUCAUGUGAAAGGGGACAGCCUCCUUUAUUCUUUUUACAGUGAGUUGUACGCUUAACCAACUUUAGACUAUUGCUUGUACAGCUCAGUGAAUGUACUUAAAACUUUAUGAGCUCUGAUAUUUCCUGGCAGUUAUAUCCAUGACAGGAUGAAGGAAAGAACGGACAGAUUUUUUUUUCCUCUCUUUUUCUUUUUAUUCCUUGCUCUUUCUUGUUACUUUAUUGCAUUUGGAUUGCAAAUGUUUUGCAGAUUUUGCACAACUGUACAGAAGAGUGGCCUUUCUGUAGCCCAUUUUCAGUUAUCCUAUAUUCAAGACGAUAUGGAUGACAAAUCACAUAUUAACAUUUGUAUAGAAUUCUGGAUCCAGUGUAAUAUUUGUACCAUUUAGAAGAAUAUUGUUUGUAUAAACUGGACAUUUAUUUACUGCAUGGGUACUGCCUUGUAUAUUAAAUUUGUGAGGUUUUGUACAUUUCUCUUUAAAAAUGCUUGACAUGAAAUGGGUUGUGCUAUUGUUCCAAACAUUUAGAUUCUCUUGCUAUUGUUUUACUGGACCAAAAGUAAAUAUAUUCAUAUAAAAACUCUUUAUAUCUGAUGGAUGUAUAUGCACAUUGUGUAGUUGAUUCCUUGUCAAAACCAAGGCAGUUCAGGAGACUUAGAUCUGUUGCUAUGCAACAGCUAUUCUGCCUGCACUUUACAUUAGUAAAGUCAGCUUGAUUGCUUUAAAGGUGAAAAUUAAACAUUACAGUUUUUAAGCUAGUCUAGUGACAAAGAACAUGUGUCCUAUCCAUUGUGCUGCCUUCUUUUAAGACUAUUAAAUGUUCUUCUAUAUAUAUUUUUAUUGUAUUAACUCUUAGCCUAAAAAGGGAACACUGUAAAAUGAAGUACAAUAAAUUUAGCUUUUAAAUGAA